AUUAAUUCUAUCUCGACGUUGACUAAUCACGUCUACAUUUGGCGCUAAGUACGAUCCUGUACAGAGUCUUCUUACUUGCCUGUCUUACGACUGUCAAGUUUAUUGGCUUAGGAGUGGUUCACGGUGGUAGGGUUUAACUUGUUCGUUGACAAGUGGGAGAUUGAUGUGAAAAUCGUAAAACCACUAUUUUUCUAGAUACCCUACACAACAGUUUGUAAUAGUUACAUAUCGCAUAUGUUAUGGACGUUAUGGUAGAUAUUUAUGGUAUUGUUGUUUAUGUGCUGAGCACGUGCUAUGCACUCAAGGUCGUACACGUCACGUGAUGCCGCAACCCUCCGGGCCAGUGGCGUUGACAAAUUUUUAUGUACAAUUUUGCAGUACAAAAAGAAAAAUAUAUGGAUAAAGCAAGUUAAUGUGUGUGUACCGUUUCUUUUGUCAUACGAUUGUAAGGGAAACUAAUUGAAAUUUUCAUUACAUUUAUAACUUUUGGAUAAUAUUUUGUGAUCGUUCGGACGCCUCUGGUAGGGAACGGCGAAUUCUUCGGUGUCGGUCUUUGGCCACACAAAAAACAUGACAAAAACAAUGUUAUUAAUUUAGUGUGUAGUUCUCCAUUGGAAAAAUAAAAAUAAAAAUAAAAAUUGUGCAAUUUACUUCUAUCCAUAGGCCAACCAAUUUUUGUUAUUUUUCUAUACUUCUCUCAGUGUCGUCAUCAUUACUGCAAGUUAGGAGACGCACUGGGUCGCCGAAAUGUCGCAAGUUAAAAUUUAUUUAGAAAACUAUAGUGGUGUGUAUUACCCUGGUUCUGAAAUUCGAGGACGUUUGGAAUGUUACUUUGAUGAUGAAGUUACCGUCCGAGGCAUCAAGAUUCGUGUAAAAUGUAAAGAACAUAACAGUUGGCAUGGAACAGAAUCCUACACUGAUCCGAGUGAUGAUAAAACCAAAACAAGAACCAUACAUUUAACUGGUGACAAUACUGUAUUAUUCAUUGAACAAAUGUUACAUGGUUCAACCUCAGGAACUACAGAGUUGAGCAGAGGUCGACAUGUAUAUCCAUUUUCAGUUAAUUUGUCUCAUGAUAUUCCUUCUACUUUUAAAGGACCACAUGGUCAUAUUUCAUAUAAGAUUAAAGCAAUUGUGGACAGACCAAUGAGAACUGAUUAUGAAGAUGAGUUUAUUUUUAUUGUCCAGGCACCAAUCGACUUUAAUCAUAUGUCCCGAGACCUCCAGGAUGUCAGCACGUACUCGGAUGAAAAAACGGUAUGUUGCUGGUGUUGCAAAGGUGGUAACAUAACAAUGGAAGUAGAAUUGCCGAAGACUGCUUUUGUACCAGGCGAAACUAUUCCAUUUAAAAUAAGCAUCUGUAAUUUAUCAAAUUCGAACGUCGAAAAAGUGAAAGUAAAAUUAGUCAAAACAACGACGUACAAAGUAACUAGUCCUAAACAUGAAUCAAAAACGGACGAGGAAAAUCUUGUUUCAUUCAGUGAGCAUGGUGUUGGUGCCCAUGGCGAAUACACUUAUAAUCUCGAACUACAAAUUCCUGGAUACAUAGAUGUACCAAAUUUUACAAAAUGUGAAUUAUUCAAAGUUAGUUAUGAGUUGGAAGUUUCUGCUGAGAUGCCUUCUUGUACUAUGGAUUUGGAUAUUAAUGCAUGGGAUAUUAAGAUAGGUCAUAUUCAGUGUGGUAAUUACGGAACAGGUGAUAGCGCCGUUAAUUCUGCUGCUGCAGCAUACCCUACUCCAGCGUAUCCACCGGCACCUGGUGUCGUGUAUCCACCAGCACCUGGUGGUGGCGUAUAUCCACCUUCGCCCAACGCUUACGUACAUGGUGGGUUACCACCAUAUCCAACAAAUGAUUUUGAUAAAAAACCAAUCUCUCCUCUUGGUCCACCUUCCGCUCCUAGUUCCUCCAUUGCCAGUGCACCAAUGGAGGAUAAUCCUAAGGCACGAGAAGCAGCUAGUGGUGGAACUUCAGGAGUGGCCGGUUUCGUGUCAGAAUUACCACCUCCUUCGUACAGUCAAAUACAGCAAAAUCCUUCCGCCCCAUAUCCUCCACAGUGAAGAUAUUUAAAACGAUAUAUUAAUAUAUACAAAUAUUUGCAUAAAAAUAACUUGUAUUUGAAUAUGAAUUAUUCUUAUGCAAUUAUUGGCCAUAACAUUGUGGUAUGUUAUUUUGAUCCACAUGAUUUUAUAUAGUAACAAACACUGAUAUACUUGGCACAACAUUAGUUAUGAUUUAACACUUUUUAUAUAUUAUUCAAAUUAUUAUUUACGGUUUAUUAAAAAAUUUGUAAUUGUAUGUAAUGUAAGCCAGUUUUACACCUCGCAUAUGUUAAGCAUUAGAAAAUACAGUCUGUAUUUUUGUAUGUCUAAACUGUCAGUAGGUAUACCUACUCUUAACUAGAUAUUGUUUUUUUUUUUUUAUUACUACUACUAAUAUUCAAUCAUGUUGCUUUAGAAAUAUGUUUUUAUUUCCCUGUAAUAUUGUUUAUGCUAUCGUAUUUUGUUGUAAUUGUCGAUUAUGAAUGUACAUUAUAAAGGAGUUUUAGAAUAAUGAAUAACUGUUCGUUGUUUUCACGACUGCUGCGUUACUGUUUUUAAAAUUUUUACAUUUUACAGCAGCGCAUUAUAUUUCCGCUUAAGAUAAUUGUGUGAGAAGUGCACUUGCCUUUUUAUAGAUAAGAACUAUUUUUGUUAUUAUUUUUAGUGUUUGCAUGACAUUUUGUACCAGGUGCCAACCAAACGGGAUGUAUUAAACAAAUAUUGACUAGUUUUUAACAUUGUGUAAAAUUACACAAACCUGCAUUUUACAUUGCCACUAAUAAUGACAGGUCAUUCUGAUAAAUUUACAAAAGAGUUAAAUGAGGUUUAGUUAUCACCUGGUGACUGCCUGUGAUAAAGGGUUGCCUCAAAAUAAUUUUGUCUUAGAAUUAUCUUCAACCUUAUGAUUUUUCUCAUUUAUACACACAGCACGGUGAAUACUUAGAAACAACUAAAAGGGAAAACUGUCAUUCAAUUUUAAUUACGAAAUGAUUUUAAUCCAGUAGGGUGUAAACUUAAAAAGUGUAUGUCUAUAAAAUUAAUCUUAGUUUGAUAUGUUUCUGUUGUCAGAUAAAUAUUUGUAUUAAUUUGAGGCUUGUUUAUUCUGCAUUGUUAUAAGAGUUUCAUUUUUAUGUUAUUGUAUUUUAUGAUACCCAAAAUUAUGUAACGAUAAUAUUAAUAGCCACAUUAAAAGUGUGGUUUGAAUUUAUAUGCCAUCUGAUAAUUGUUUUAUAUGAAAAGAAUACAUCACUUAUUUAUGGAUAAGUAUUUACAUGUAUUACGUAAUAUAUUGUUUAUGAAAGUGUCUUAUCAAACGCUCUUAAUUAAAGAAGUUAUAGUUUUG